CUUCCGAGAUGAACUAAAGUAGAGCUCCGCCGGAUGGCGAGAAGGCAUGAACUGACAAUCUCUCUCUCUCUCUCUCUUAAAAAAACCCCAGUUAGACAGGCUAUGUUGAGACAAUACAUUUGGACUUUGGGAUGUUUUAUGGACUCGGAAUCUAAGGAGUUUCCCUUUUGUCCACAUCUAUGUAGGACGUGGCGUCUGCGACUAGCCUAAAUUAGGUUCAUUUGCGGCAAAAGAAACGUGCAUGGUUUUUUUCAAUUACGCGCAAAGACAACAAGAGCAACCUGGACUACUCUUUUGGAACAGGAAUGGUUUAUCCUUCCGAAGGUGUAUUCUACAUCGAAAUGGAUCAAGUACCACCAGCUCUCCCUCCCAGGUCAACAAAGCCCGUGUCCUCCACCAUGAACAACAACUGCCUUUUGCCACCUGCGUGUUCGCUACAGGACGCUGAAUGGUAUUGGGGAGACAUAGCCAGGGAGGAGGUAAACGAGAUGCUCCGAGACACACCUGAUGGCUCCUUUCUGGUGCGUGACGCAUCCACAAAGCUGCAAGGAGACUUCACGCUGACGUUAAGGAAAGACGGGCACAAUAAGCUGAUCAAGAUUUACCACCGUGACGGGAAGUAUGGCUUCUCAGAUCCCCUCACAUUCACUUCAGUGGUGGAGCUCAUUUGGCACUAUCAGCACCAUCCGUUGGUGGAAUACAACGCCACACUGGACCUAAUGCUCACCCAUCCUGUGUCCCGCUUCCAGCAGGUGAAAGAGGACAGUGUUGAUGUCGCUGGAAGAAAGCUCAAGGAGGUUCACAGUCAGUAUCAAGAGAAGACAAAGGAGUUUGAUCGUCUUUAUGAAGCUUUCACUAAGACCUCACAGGAGAUCCAGAUGAAGCGAACAGCUAUUGAGGCCUUUAAUGAGACAAUGCUGAUCUUUGAGGAGCAGUGUCGUGAACAGGAGCGUUACGGAGAGGAGUUUGAGAGGAACAAUCAGUCCGAGGGAGCCGACAAAGAUCUGGAGAGCUUUCUGAUAAAUUAUGAGAAGCUGAAGUGUCGCCUUGGGGAGAUCUACGACAGCAAAAUCCAUCUGGAGGAAGACUUGAGAACGCAGGUGGAGGACUACAGAGAGACGGACAGGAAGAUGAACAGCUUGCGGCCUGACCUCAUCCAGCUACGCAACAUCAGAGACCAGUACCUCAACUGGCUCAAUCACAAAGGCGUACGGCAGAAACGCAUAAAUGACUGGCUGGGGACGCAGAGUGACAGCCUUGAUGACACAUAUGUGUUGAAGGGAGACGAGAAGAAUUUGCCACAUCAGGAUGAGAAGAGUUGGUUUGUUGGUGAACUGAGCCGGACGCAGGCCGAGGAGAUGCUUCAAGGUAAAGCUCCUGGAACAUUCCUCAUCCGUGAGAGCAGCAAACAGGGAUGCUACGCCUGCUCUGUUGUUGUGAAUGAAGAAGUGAAGCAUUGUAUGGUCUACAGCACACCACAUGGAUACGGCUUUGCUGAGCCCUACGACAUCCACUGCUCACUGAAAGACCUUGUCCUGCACUAUCGCCUGCACUCCUUAGCGCAACACAAUGACGCUCUGGAUGUUCGGCUGUCACAUCCAGUACACGCUAAAGCUGCAGCCACGCCUUCUCAACACGCAGAGGAACACAAACUCUUACAGACUCCAAAACACACAGUGGGGCUCCCGCCUGCCGCUCCAGAAAUGUAAUCCAACGGAAAAAGAGACAAAAGGACGUGUUUACUGUAUCCUGCAAGAAUGACUGCAUAGAGGUGCAUUGUGUAAAGUUUUGCACUACAGUGAUUCCAUCAGUUUUUGUGAAUGGGAUUUCACAGAUUGAAGUGGGACCGGCCGGAACUUGAAUGUCAGCUUGAACUUUGUUGUGUUUUUUUGUUUUUGGGUUUUUUUCAAAGAGACUGUUUAAGCUUUUUUUUUUUUUGUACUUCAUUUAUUGCCAUUUCUUUAAUGGACACCUUUUCGGUAGGGAUGUUGACAACCAGAAAAUUGCUCACUGACAUCAGGUGCUGCAACUUUGUUUGACCUUUACAACCAGAGUUGAUGUUGCUAGAGAUGUCCAUUUCCCUAGUUAAAAUGUAUUGAGUUUGGAAAAUUUGACCAAUAGGUCAGAAAUAUGUUAGUAGUAGUAAAUAGUUAGUAUGGAGUUAUACUUGUUCCUCAUUCCGGAGUGCGCGAUUGCACAUUUUGAGCACAGAGGGUGCUACAUCUCAUUUUAUAAGAAUGCUAUAAGGUGGUUUAUAGUAAUUAGUCAAUUAAGUCAGCUAGCUAUAUAAAUAUUAGACUCAACAGUUACAGGCACAGUUUAAGUUAAAGAAAUUUCAAUGAACUACAUUAAUUAUGUAGUUUUUUAAUUAUAAUACCUUAGCUGUGUAUCUGGCAAUCAUCAAAGAAGCCAACUAGCUUAGUAAUACUAUUAGCAAUCAGAUUGGACACAAAACAGCCAAACAGAAAUGACCUACUCCAGAUUUCUGAUUGGCUGGCAUUGUGGCACACUGUAACACUCUUGUCAAGUUGAGCUAGUGCACAGACAAAUCCGAGAGCUUGCAGAGCAGAGAUGUUGAGAGCAAGAGAAACACUGAGCUAGUGUCCAAGGGUUUGCAAGUACACAGAGCAGGGACACUGAGCGGGGAAAUGAGUAAAACUGUGUUAAAGAGGUCAUCAUUGUGCACUUAGGUGGAUAAUAGGAACCAUGGUAAUAAAUGUAUUGAGCACAAAAUAGAUUUUUGUCUGUUCAAAUUAAAUUAUUCUUUGCGUGAUAAUAAUUUGCAAAAUCUUUGUAGAGGUGUGUUUGCAAAAAAUCUUUUUCUGUGCUCAAAAUGGCCCUUUGCACGCUCAGGAAUGAGGCACAAAUAUAACUCCAUAGGUUACUACUACGUAGUGCAUUUGUGAGGGGAACAAUGGUGCUGUAAACCGGCUGUUUCCGUCAUAUCGGUUUGGUGGACCAAACCAUUUUGGGGUAAAUGCCACGUGUGAAUAUGUGAAAAGUCGUGGUGCAUCUUGACAAUUUGCCCCUUUCUUAAUAGACAUUCAUAUACAGUGGAUAAUUAUGUAGCAUUAACAUCCUGUAGAAUACCAUUGUACGAGCAUACUCAAUGUUAAACCCGUUGACCAAAGCACUUAAUAGAGAGCAAAACUACAUCCCUGUUAAGUCUGGUAAUUGCAUUUGGGCAAGGGCAAUUUAUGUACACCUGCUGAUGUGCUGAUCAAAACAUAAUCUGAAGUACUGUAUGUUAUAUUCUGUUACUCAAAGAAGUAUAAGCUUUUUGUAUUCUAUAUAUAUUUUUUCUAUAAACAUGCCACAAGAUGAAAGCUUGAAGAAAGUGCAAUCCAACAGUAUUUCUAUUGUUGCAAUGUAUGACGAUGAUGAUGGUGGUGAAGGUAAUGCUGUUAUGAGAGGUUGCCAUUUGCCACAAAAAUGCACUCUCUUUGGUGGUGUCGGUAUGAUGUGGCCUCCGAUGUUUGUGUGAACUGCCAGAGGUCCGGAAGUAUCCUGCCUCCAUUACUUGAACUGUGGCAUUGCUCGAGCUAUGAAUGUUUUUCAUGACAUGCCGCCUACAUAGCUUAAAAGGAAAGGAAUCCAUGUUGAACUUGGCACAUUUUUCAAGUUUGAGGACAAUAGAUACUCUGUACAGAGAAACUGUAAAAUGUAUUUCUGAGGUUGGUUUAUGGAAGGAGGGUGAUUAAGCCUCUUAUGAAAAUAUAACACCAUUGGGGACUCCUCGGGUGAAGCUAAGCAAUGUGAGAUCCUGACCUUUUUCUUGCUGAAAGACAAUAAACUGAUGAGGGUUUUGUCAA